UUCUAAAUGGCACUCGGUUUACGGGAAAUGUGCACAGUGCGAGAGAUAUAAUACUUCAAAAGCAUGGUGUCAGUCGUGUGAUCCUUCUAAAACUACUCAAGGAUGGACUAGUGGAAAUAAUGAUAUCGAUAAUUGCAUUAAAGAAUUUCAGCUUGAAACUAUUAAAUAUGAAGACGUAAUUGAAUGGAUUCCAUUUAAUAGGUUAUCUGAAUUUCGAAACAUUGGCGAAACAGAAUUUCGGGCAUUAUGGUUAGAUGGAAUACGAAAGAUCAAAAAUAAUACACAAUCUCGUACAUUAUCAUUUAAUGGUUUACAAGUUGAUGCAUUAGAAUUUAUAAGAAAU